AAACUGAAUAAACUAGCAGCGCCCAAUCCAUCAAUGGCUGAAGAAGGGAAACCAGAUGCUCAGCUCUUUCAGCUCCUCUCGCAUCUCCUUCAAGAGGUAGAAUCAUUAACCAAUGAAAAAGAAGUUGAAUUGCGUGCAAAAAUUGAAGCACUUGGAUUGGAGGUUAGCAAAGUGCCAUCAAAACCAUCUGAGCAUCUUGAUGAGCUGGAAAUAGCCAAGGAGUUGGACAAAUUAUCAGCAAAGUUGGAUGAUGUAGAUGAGAUGAUAUCCUCAACAAUGGCUUUAGACCCGCAGGUGCGAUCUCUUUUGAGUAGUACUGCCGAUGAAUGGAUGCCGGUCAUAACAGCUACUUCUGAUGAAAGGCGUACUUUUACAGUGCCUGUUGAAGAUGGUAACUGUGGAAACCGAGGGAAGAAUCCUGACUGAUGUUUGCACUCUUGUUUCACUUUCUUGUGUUCCUUUCUUUCUUUCUUUUUUUCUAAAUAAAUAAUUUGUAUAUUUUCUUUCCCUUUACUGUCACUUAUCUCC